CUCACCCUAUAAGCCGCCUCCGCCUCUCUCUCUAUCUUUCAAACAUUUUCUCUCUAAAGCCAAGGUGGGCAAAAAUGGCGGCUUUCACUAACCAGCAGCUCCAUUACCGGUCCGACCUCUUCGGCCGGCUUCGUAUACCGGGACCCAAAUCCAGGAACGGUCCGACCCGGGUCCGGAUGUCCCUCCAGGAGAACGCGCCGUCGCUGGCUGUUGUCGGCGUAACCGGAGCCGUCGGUCAAGAAUUCCUUUCGGUCUUAGCCGACAGGGAUUUCCCUUAUCGCUCCAUUAAAAUGCUGGCCUCCAAGCGCUCAGCUGGGCAGCGAAUCUCAUUCGAGGACCGAAACUACGAAGUCGAGGAGCUCACCGCCGAUAGCUUUGACGGCAUCGAUAUCGCGCUCUUCAGCGCCGGUGGCUCCAUAAGCAAGCAGUUUGGUCCGAUUGCGGUCGACCGCGGUACCAUUGUAGUGGAUAAUAGCUCUGCUUUCCGAAUGGUGGACGGUGUGCCGCUUGUGAUUCCGGAGGUUAAUCCGGAAGCCAUGGAUGGGAUUAAGGUUGGGAAUGGAAAGGGUGCACUGAUAGCUAACCCUAAUUGCUCUACCAUCAUUUGCUUGAUGGCUGCAACGCCUCUACAUCGUCAUUCUAAGGUAAUACGCAUGGUUGUUAGUACUUAUCAAGCUGCUAGUGGUGCUGGUGCUGCUGCUAUGAGGGAGCUUGAACUGCAGACCCACGAGGUCCUCGAAGGAAAACAACCUACUUGUGACAUAUUUCAGCGACAGUAUGCUUUUAAUUUGUUUUCUCAUAAUUCCUCUGUUCUUCCAAAUGGGUACAAUGAAGAGGAAAUGAAAUUGGUUAAAGAGACACGGAAAAUAUGGAAUGACUCUAAUGUCAGGGUGACUGCCACUUGUAUACGUGUCCCUGUUAUGCGUGCUCAUGCAGAGAGUGUAAAUCUUCAAUUCGAGAAGCCUCUCGAUGAGGACAAAGCAAGGGACAUUCUGAAGAACGCACCUGGUUUGGUGGUUAUUGAUGAUAGGGCAUCUAACAACUUCCCUACACCAUUGGAGGUUUCAAAGAAGGACGACGUUGCAGUUGGCAGAAUCAGGCGUGAUGUCUCCCAAGAGGGAAAUCAUGGGUUGGACAUAUUUGUCUGUGGUGAUCAAAUACGCAAAGGAGCUGCACUUAAUGCUAUUCAGAUUGCUGAGAUGUUGUUAUAAUCCACAGUUUAGUUGCAUUUGAGGAUUGGAGGUUCAUUAUAUCAAUUUUGUUGGUGUGAACUGUUGCAAAGUGAUGUUGAGUCGCAUAACUUCAGCGGUUUUUGUAGUAUAAGCUAUUAGGUUUUAUAAAGAUGGUGGUUGAUCUUAUAAUCCUUAUAUGGGGAUUUUAUCAAUAUAUCCUUAUAUUUGUUAGGGAAUUUUGUUUCAGUAAUUUGUAUGACUUGGGGGAACCUGUGCUAUAUACCUCACACUUUUUGAGUGAUAAUUAUUCUGAAAAAUUAAUUCACAUUUGUGAAUUUUCUGAAUCCUAUAACUCUCAGUAUUUUGUGAUGUGAUGAGUGAUGCAUGCACUGCGCUCAUGGGUUAUACUUGUACACUGGCCAUUUAUGAGAGAUUUGAAAACCGUACUGUUGUCCUGA